GAAGCUGUCAGAGGGAAAGGGUUGCACGUGUCUGAGGGAGCUGCGGGCAUAACAUGAGCAGCAGGCGUAAGCUAACAGAAAAACUAGUAAAACGACAUUAUUUUUAAACGACCCCUCCUGCUCAACUUUUAUCGUUAACGUAUCAGACAGUCAGACAGCUGGGGUCAGCGCAGCUGCCUGAAGUUGUGAGGAGCUGGAAGAGGGUUAAACAGUUAGCUUACCGGGAGGGAGGUCAAGCCACCGCGCCAGGGAAGAAAGUUCUCGGGUUUCUUUUUUAGACUGUUGCGUGGACAGUGUAUGUGUGUGUGUGUCUGUGUGUGCGUGCGUGUAUUUGUUUGUUUUGUGUCUUAAGAGCUCGUUAAGGUAAUUUGUCAGGAGUUGGAAGUUCUGUUUAUAUGUCAUGGCCGAUUACCUCAUCAGCGGACAGACCGGUUACGUUCCCGAAGACGGGCUUACUGGGCAGCAGCUGUUCAACGGUGGAGAUGGGCUCACAUACAAUGACUUCCUUAUUCUGCCAGGUUACAUCGACUUCACUGCUGACCAAGUGGACCUGACAUCAGCACUCACAAAACAAAUCACCAUGAAAACCCCAUUUGUGUCCUCUCCUAUGGACACAGUAACAGAGGCCAACAUGGCCAUUGCUAUGGCACUAACGGGGGGAAUUGGCUUCAUUCAUCACAACUGCACUCCAGAGUUCCAGGCCAAUGAAGUUCGCAAAGUCAAGCGAUAUGAGCAGGGCUUCAUCACAGACCCUGUAGUAAUGAGUCCCAACGAGCGAGUGCGGGAUGUCUUUCAGGCCAAAGCGCGACAUGGGUUUUGUGGUAUCCCCAUCACAGAUAAUGGCAAAAUGGGCGGCAAGCUGGUGGGCAUCAUCUCUUCCAGAGACAUUGAUUUCCUGAAAGAGGACGAUCACAACCUGCCACUAAGCGAGGUGAUGACAAAACGAGAGGAUCUAGUGGUUGCCCCAGCAGGAGUGACAUUGAAAGAAGCAAAUGAAAUCCUUCAGAGGAGUAAGAAAGGGAAACUGCCCAUAGUUAAUGAGGAGGGCUCCCUGGUGUCCAUCAUUGCCCGCACAGACCUGAAGAAGAACAGAGACUUUCCUCUGGCCUCCAAAGACUCUCGAAAACAGCUGCUGUGUGGUGCUGCCAUUGGUACCCACAAUGAUGACAAAUAUAGACUGGACCUGCUGGUGCAGAGUGGGGUGGAUGUAGUCGUACUGGACUCAUCUCAGGGCAACUCAAUCUACCAGAUUAACAUGAUCAAAUAUAUCAAAGAAAAGUACCCCCAGUUACAGGUCAUUGGAGGAAAUGUUGUUACUGCAGCUCAGGCUAAGAACCUGAUCGACGCAGGAGUAGAUGGACUAAGAGUGGGGAUGGGGAGCGGCUCCAUCUGCAUCACACAGGAGGCUGUCCUCAGUGUACCACCAGCUAUAAAGCUGCACAGCCCCAAAACCCCAACCACUGUUACAGGAUACUCCAUAUUGGCAUGUGGCAGACCCCAGGCUACAGCUGUCUAUAAAGUUUCAGAGUACGCUAGGCGUUUUGGUGUUCCAGUAAUCGCUGAUGGUGGCAUCCAGACGGUUGGACACACUGCAAAAGCCCUAGCACUUGGAGCAUCAACAGUGAUGAUGGGCUCUCUUCUGGCUGCCACCACUGAAGCUCCUGGUGAAUAUUUCUUCUCUGACGGCAUCAGAUUGAAGAAAUACCGUGGCAUGGGCUCCCUGGAUGCCAUGGAUAAAAACCUGGGGUCUCAAACCAGAUACUUCAGUGAGAGUGAUAAGAUUAAAGUCGCUCAGGGUGUCUCUGGAGCAGUGCAGGACAAAGGCUCCAUCCACAAAUUUGUCCCGUACCUGUUGGCUGGCAUUCAGCACUCCUGUCAGGACAUUGGAGCCAAAAGUCUCACGCAGCUCAGAGCCAUGAUGUAUUCUGGAGAUCUAAAAUUUGAAAAGAGGACAACAUCUGCUCAGAUGGAGGGUGGAGUCCACAGUCUACACAGUUAUGAGAAACGUCUCUUUUGAGAAGAAAGCAAGCCUUCAGAUGGAGAAUACAAACGCACACUACUUGCCAGACCAGGCCGACUCCUCAUUUUACACAAACUGAGCAAAUAUGUGAUACAAUAAGACAUCAGUUCACUUACUCCACUCUUCCGAGGAGCCAUCAGUCUUCCUGCCAGUGUCAUCUAUGCAUUGUCUGUUUAAUGUAAAUGUGUGUGUUUUGGAUAGUUGGAAAAACAGCAUUUAUUAUUAG